AUGACCGCUGCAGAAAAACUCAAAGCGAACUUUCCGGUCGCUAUGACCAUGGCGGCGUUUAUGGGCAUUUCGUGGUACAUCGCCGUUGAAUUGAAUGUCCGGCUGUUCUUGAUCUUCAAGCAGGGCCUGUAUUUCUGGAGCUGCGCUCUCAGCUCCUGGGGGAUUAUCCUCCAACCCCUGUGUAUGACGCUCUUUGAUUUCGGCGUCCUGAAGCAGCCAUGGGUGGCCAUGGUCCUGAUCUAUGCCACCUGGUGGAUCAUGGUGGUGCCGCAGGCGGUGGUUCUGUACUCGCGACUCCAUCUCGUCAUCUGGAAUCGGCAGCACCUUCGAUACGUGCUGUAUAUGAUUAUCUUCACCGUGGUUUUCAUCUCGAUACCAACGAUGCUCCUGGGGAUCUUUGCGGUUGAGUCUCGCCCUCCGAUGCUGCAUGCUGCAGGAACCCAAGCUGGCGAGCGCCCGGACGUGGUACACGCAAACUCAAUCUGGGAUCGCAUCCAGGUCAGCAUCUUUUUCGUGGAGGAAACAAUUAUCUCCGUCCUGUACGUCAUCGAAACGCGGCGCCGGAUGCAGAACCUGCAUACGCUGGGCGAGCGCGACCAUAAUAUCUACAAAGUAAUGCACCAUCUGAUCUACGCCAACGUCUUCGUCAUCUGCCUCGACAUCUCCCUUCUCGCACUCUCCUACUCGACGCACUUCUACAUCCAAGCCGCCUACAAGCCCUGCGUCUACGGCCUCAAAUUGCGCGUCGAGUUCUCCAUCCUGAACCGCCUCAUCGCCUCCUUGCAGAAUUCUACACAUCUUUUCUCCACUACACCUUCCGCCCACCAGCAUUCUACAGCUCACAAUCUCGAAUCAAGGAACCCCAACUGGCGUCCAAUCAAGCCGCUGAACGAGAUAACCCUGAACACCCUCUGCGUGGAACCUAGUCCGCCCCCAUCCAAAUGA